AUGGGAUCAUGCUAAAUCUAAAGAGUAGAAUCCGAAUCAAAUUCAUUUAAAGAAUCUUCAUCAAAAUGCAAUUAUUCCAAAUCAUCCAUUAUUAUUAAUCAAAUUGUCUAACCUUUAAAUACUGAAAAUAAACUUGAAUUAGACCAAAUAAUAGAAGAUGAAGAAAACCUCUUAACUGUAUAAACUAGAAUAAAAAAAAACAAGAGAUUAUAUAAUUUUUAAGAAGAAGAAUCUCAUAGAAAAAUAUCCAAUAGAGAUAAUGUUGAAUCACUCAAAUUAGGAGCAAAAUAAAAACGAUACUUAUAUAAGACUAGUGUAACACAUAGUCAUUUUGAUGAAAUUAAAUAAAAUUCACCUGCACUUAAUCAAUCUUUAUAAGCAGAAAAAGAUGAUGAUGCAAAAUCUGUGAAAAGUAUAUUAAAAAAAAAUAGCAAAUUAAAAGAUAGUGUAAGUGGUUCUCCAGAAACAAGAUCAGUACGUUUUGCAAGAGGUACCAUUUUUAGAACUAAAAGCUAACAUUCUCUUCGUCAAUCUAAAAAUAAAAAGCAUAAUCGACGUGAUACAAGAUAAAAUGAAUCUAUGAAUUCUUUUGAAAUUAAAAGUCCUAAUUGGAAAAGACACAGAGAAUAAGAAAAAGUAUAAAUUACUACUAUUCCUGUUCUAUUUUCUAUGAAUCAAAAUAUAGGAGUUAAAACUAAACUUUUCUCCUAUUAUUGA